GCUAACGACAUACGGGUAGUCCCAUAGAAACAGCUUGUAUUUCCCGGACGACCAAGAUUGUGUUGCAUGCGACUGUGCUAUGGGAGGUUGCUGCUGUAGAGGCGACGACGACGACAAGGAGGAAGGUUCCGAGUAUGGCAAGCCUACGCCCUACGAUCCCAACUUCAAGGGUCCCAUCCAGAAGAGAUGCUGUACGGACAUUCUCAUGCUCAUUAUCUUCAUUGCGUUCUGGGUCGGCAUGGUGUACAUAGCAGCUUAUGGAUGGAGGAAUGGUGAUCCUCUCCGGUUGCUGAAUCCAACCGAUUCGGAAGGGAGAACUUGUGGCGAAGGAGAGUUCAGCAACCGCUCGAAGCUGAUUUUUUUUGAUAUUACCACUUGUAUUGUGGGAGUGACCACCUUCACAUUUGUGUGUCCGACCACUCAGGUAUGUGUCAGUGAAUGUCCUGAUGAUAAUUACCUAGGAGCAGGUGAUAGCAUCGGAACAUCAGCGAUAGCUGAAAAACUCUACUGUACAGAUGGUAGGACAGUGAAGGAGGUUUACGAUCAAGGAGGUUCGUCUCCUGCUCUGAAAAAGGCUGCUCUUGCGUUUGCUAUUAGUGAAUUGAAAUGUCCUCCGUAUUACUUGAAGAGUGAAGCAGUUGUACGUCGCUGCAUACCAACUAUUGUUAACUUGAAUAGCGUCAUUGUGGAUAAGAAGGAAGGAAAUGCAACUCUUAAAAACGGCAAUGGCACAGCUUUAGACAAGAAUCUUGUCGAAAAGUCUGUAGAUGGUCUUAGCACAUUUUUGAACUUACGUAGAAUCGGUGAAGAGAUAUACAGUGAUAUUGGAAUUGUCUGGCCAUAUUUACUCGGUGGAUUGUUUCUUAUUCUUCUCCUCUGUCUUGUCUACAUCUUCGUGAUGAGAUUCGUGGUCGGUAUUAUUGUUUGGUUGACUAUCUUUUUGGUGUUUGGCCUGAUGAUAUUUGGUAUCGGUUGGUGCUAUGUGAAGUACAGGGAUCUUGAUGAAGAACCAAGGACUGCGACCACAUUACUACAAACAUUUACCUACCAGAAGAAGACGUACCUGGCUCUAGGAAUCAUCCUCACGAUUGUCUUCCUUAUUCUCCUUCUUAUUGUCAUCUUCCUUCGCGAUAGGAUACAGAUAGCCAUUGAGCUUAUCAAAGAAGCAAGCCGAGCAAUAGGCAAUAUGUUGCUCACUCUCUUGUUUCCAGUGGUCACAUUCAUUCUGCUCGUUCUCGUUAUUGUGUGGUUCGUUGCUGUUGCACUCUGGCUGCAGAGUGCUGGAGAUAGAAUUUAUGUCUUUCAGGUUAACACCGAAUAUGCAGACAACCAAGAUGCGGACAAUAAUAAGGUGGCAGCAUACAUUGACGUCACAGCAAAAGUCAAUGGCACUAACUGUACAUACAUGAGGUUCACUCAUGGUGACGAGUGUGAUCCAGACAAAUUCAAAGAUUGUUCGACAUUGGUCCCACCUCACAGUGCCGAUGUAAGCGUAGUUGAGUGUGUCUUCAAGGAGUAUUUUCAGAGCAAGACUCUGUUUCGAAUGCAAAUCUAUAAUCUGUUUGGUCUCUUGUGGACAAGCAACUACGUGGUAGCACUGGGUCAGUGUACACUUGCGGGAGCGUUUGCAUCAUACUACUGGGCAUUUGACAAAUCAAAGGAUAUUCCUAGUUUUGCAGUCACAAGAUCAUUUUUCAGAGCAUUCUUUUGGCACACGGGAUCUUUGGCGUUUGGAGCUCUUAUAAUUGCCAUUAUCCAGUUUAUUCGCAUCAUUCUUGCCUACACACAAAGAAAGCUGAAAGGUUAUGGAGAUAACUCUGCUGCCCAAUUUUUCUUGAAAUGUCUCGGUUGUUGUUUCUGGUGUUUGGAGAAGAUUUUCAAGUACAUCAACAAGAAUGCGUACAUACUGGUUGCGAUUUAUGGGUAUCAUUUUUGCAAAGCCUGUUGUCGUGCUUUUAACCUUCUUUUCAGGAACAUACUGAGGGUAUUCGUUCUGAACAGCAUAACCGCGUUUAUCUUUUUCUUGAGUCGACUGCUGAUUGUCGGUAUUGUAGGAUUUCUGAGCUUCUUGGUCUUCGAUUCUGUGAGGAAGUCGGAAGAUCUCAACUACUAUCUCAUUCCUGUGAUUCUUCUCUGUUUGUUUGCCUAUUUCAUAUCUUGGGCAUUCUUUAGUGUCUACGACAUGGCUGUAGACACUCUGUUCUUAUGCUUUCUGGAGGAUUUAGAGAGAAACGAUGGCUCCGCCGAAAAGCCAUAUUACAUGUCAAAGGGCUUGAAGAAGGUCCUAAACAAGAAGAACAAGUCUCCGAAAGACAAAGGCAAAUCCAAAGAUGAUAUCGAGGAAGAAGACCUCUAACACUCAGAUAAAAUAUGUUGACUCUAUGUAUAAUUGCUGUGGACUUGGUAACUGCUAAUCUUGAACGUUUUGCCCUUAAGCCACUGCAUGCGUGUUUCAAUGUAUUUGUAAGGAGGAACAGCCACCACACUA